AUGUUUACCAAGACUGUGUUCGCGUUUGCGAUGCUGAUUUUAAUAGUGCCAUGGGUGACAACCACCCCCUUGCAGUCUAGAUCCACUACACCCUUAGAAUUGGUAAGCAUCAUCGAGUUAGAGGAGCCGUGUGUAAGACAGGGUGGUCUCUGCCUGCGUGUCGAGGACUGCGAGCCUGACAACCUGGUGCAAAUGAAGGGAAUUCUAUGUCCCAUGCAAAGUCACAUGGGAGUUGAGUGCUGUUACAAU